CACUUGAGCAUUCCUUGACGUGGAUGUCGGUGUAUCUCUCCAAGGAUUUGAUGAAGAUCGUUCGCUACAAGUGUAAAACAUUCACAGAAACUUUUUGUGAGAGCGCCCACACGGAAAACUACAAGGUCUUGGAGUUAUAUCGGUGAACUGCUCCAUUUGGAUAAACACACGAGCGCGACUGCGCUCAAAACUUUACUUCUUCGAAGUUAAGGGGAAAAGAAAACCUGAAACCAUAAAAGUGGAGCGAUAGCAGAGGAGGAAGCUUCUCCAACUGGUUGAGCAAGGAGAGAGAAAGAGCCUGCACCAUGAAGACCUUUCUCACUCCGCUGAUGCUCUUUCUGCUCUUCCUCCUCCUUCCUGAUGGGACCUUGUCCAACGACUGCCCAGAGGGUUGCUCCUGUUCCACGCCAGAAUCCAUCUUAUGUUUCCAGAGACGCUCAUCUACCAUUCCUAAGGGAAUGCCUUCACAGACACAAAGUCUUUACCUCUUUGCCAACGGCAUUGAGAGCUUCACAUCGGAGGACUUUGAUGGUCUGGAGAACCUGGAAAUGCUGGACCUCAGUCAAAACAAAUUGACUGAGCUUACCGAAAGGGUGUUUGAACCUUUGACCUCUUUGAGAAACCUGGACUUGUCAUCCAACCAGAUCACCCACAUUUCAGAGGAAUGCUUCCAGGGUAUGGUGCUGCUUGAGCGCCUUUAUUUAUAUAGUAAUCAUAUUGAGACCAUCCACCCUGCAGCUUUUAAUGGCUUGGAGCACCUGCUGGAACUCAAACUGCAGGGAAACCAAUUGACCUCCCUGCCUGCUCUCUCAAUGCCCCGACUACUGCUGCUUGACCUUCGCUUUAAUGUUUUAUCCAGCUUGGGUCCUUCAGACCUCCAGACCCCAAACUUAGAGUCACUCAAAUUGGGUGGUGUGGGGCUAACCAGCCUGGAUAAGAACCUCUUGAGUAGUCUAAAGAACCUCCAUGAACUAGACAUUUCUGAAAACAAACUUGAAUCCUUCCCCUCAGCGCUAAAGGAAACCCAGGGGCUGAUUCAUCUAAGCCUGGCUGGGAACCCCAUCGGUCCGCUUAAGGUUCAAGACCUGCAGAACCUUGGAGAGCUGCAAGAGUUGGACAUUAGCAGCCUGAGUUUGCAAGGGCUGCCUGAAGAGUUCCCCCAGCUCCUACCGCACCUCAGAAAGCUCGUUGUAGCAGAGAACCCCUUCAACUGUCUCUGUACCUUAGCAUGGUUCCCAAGAUGGCUGAGAGCCCAGAGCAUCACCCUAGAAAGAACAGAGGAGACCCGCUGUCAUUUCCCACCAGUCAGUGCUGGAAAGGUAUUGGAAAGACUAGAGCACAGGGAUUUUGGAUGUCCUACAACAACAACAGUUACCACAAGUACUGUCAAAACUACUACUACUACAACCUUGCCUGUCCCUGUCACUACCUUACCAAGCACUACUAGAGCUAUUCCAGCCCCAAAGGCCAGUGACGACCCGAAGGAUGAAGAUGUUGACUCUCCCCUGCUUCCUGUCCCUGCAUCCCCAAGUAGCAGCAGCAUAGACACCGACGAGGAGCAGCAUUUCUGUCCCCCUCUCACCUGUCUGAAUGGGGGUACUUGUCGUUUGGACCAGCAUGGUCAGGUACAAUGUCUCUGUCCACAUGGCACCUAUGGCAUGUAUUGUGAAAUCAAAAACCUUCAUCUGCCUUCACCACCUGAAACUGACACUCCAGUGGAAACUGCCAAUAUAGAUUUAGACAUCAGCUCACAUGAAGCAACUGCAACCUCAAUUCUGCUGGACCUCCACCGCUACAUUGAGAUGCGGCCUUACAUCCGUGGUAUUCGCCUAACCUACCGCAAUCUCUCUGGGCCAGACCGCAGGCCGAAUCAUCUCAGCCUGCCAGCAUCCUUCCCAGAGUAUACACUCAGAGGUCUCCAGCCAAACUCCACGUACCAUGUGUGUGCUAGUCCAUUAGGUGCCCCUAGUGGCGUGGACAGUGUCUGCACCGAGGCCCACACAGUUGCUGAAAGCAGUAGCUCUAUUGCAUGGUCAGGGGAAAAGAAGUUGACCACUAUGAUUGUGCCUGUUAUUGCCAUCUUGCUACUGUUGGUAUUGAUUGCAAUAGCAGUGGGAGUGGUAUGCUAUCUUCGCAGGAAGAAAGCAAAGGGCCACCUGGACCUAGACUGUGAGCCCUCCCAGCUAGAGUUGGAUGGAGUGAAGGCUGGUUUGGACAAUGGGGCACUGCCUCAAAAACAGCCCCAACUUAUGAUCCCGGAACCUGCUGUUCAGAAGGGCAAUCUGGAAUAUGAGGUGUUGCUACUACAGGAACAAUGUACAUCAAAUAACAAUAUGAAUUCACACAAGCUUUCCUAUUUUUGACACGUGGCAUUGACAACCUAAACAAGGAUUUUAAUUCUUCAGCCCUUUCUUUCCACUGGUGAAUUACAAAGAGUAUGAAAUGCUGUUGUGAAAGAAUUGGAGGACACUGUUUCAGCCAGUCAACAAGCAAAGGAGAAACUGGACAUAUAUUUAAAUCAAUGCCCUUUGGUUGUCAAAGUAGACAUUAAAUAAGUUCAUAAACUGUUCUUUGGACUUCAAAAUGCAUUGAAAGUGCCUACUCUCGAUUUACAUGCUGCAUCCUGCUUCAAUAAAGUUUCCCAGCUCAAAUUGUUGGAAUGACAACCUCUCAGCUGUGAUGCCGGGACAGAUGGUGCGUUGCCAUUGGCUGAAACUUAGGGCUAAGGGACUGGGUGAACUGUCCUUUAUCUGUUCAUACAGGAAAGAGCACUGAAAUUGGGUUGUGUUGUCUUUCCCCAUUACACAGCCCAACUAAACACUACCAGCAAUAGAUUGUGCUGUAUGUUGCAACUCUUCAGUACUACCCUUAAGGGAUCAGUGCUUGCUGUGAAUGACCUAAGACACCAAAUGAAGUCGCGCAGAGAAAAUACAUUAUGCUUGUAUUGCUUUAUUUGGCUGUAAAACUCUUUUUAUGUUUUGUAUGUUUUUUAUACUGUGUCUAUGUUUUUUUUUUACUGUGCAACAUUCUGACUGUUAACAGCCUUAUAUACCCUGCACCCCCCACCUCUUGUGACUAACAGACAAAACAGCAGAUUAAAAUCUUUGAAGAUUAAAACUCGUUUGGUACCAGCAAAGUCAAUCAAAGGGCUUUGCCCUCAGAAUGUCAGACAGUCUAAGUAGAUGUGAGUCUGGACAGACUCAAAACUAAAUCACCCUUCUCAAUUCAGACGCCCUCAGCCUGCUUUGCCAUUACAAAGGGAGAAGGUAAGCAGGCUUACAAAAGGUACAGAGGGAAACAAUACUGUUUCAUACAGUAAAGAGCAUGACUUUAUUACACUAAGCACUCCCGUGACUGUACGACAAAAGAGAACAUCAUAGACUAUAUUUAUUAUUUAUAUUCACAGCAAGGGACAUUUUAUCCCCGAACUACAAUUCAUCUACAUCAUAUCACAUGGCCUGGCCAAACACAAGCAAAUCAAAUAGUGUAUUGUGCUUCCCUUAGUAAAAAUAGCAUGCUCAGCAUAAUGUGUUGAACCAUUUCUUCUGGCCACCUUGCACCUAGGCAGAUUAGCUCAGUCAGACGCACAAGACAAGUACCGGUACACUUAUUUACAAUGUUGUUUAGAGGUAGGGUACUGAGAUCCAAAUCUGUGAUUAUAGAAGUAACCUUUGUGUGUGUGUGUGUGUGUGUGUGUGUGUGUGUGUGUGUGUGUGUACGUGUGUGUGUGUGUGUGUGUACGUGUGUGUGUGUACGUGCGCGUGUGUGUGCGUGUCUGUGUGUGUGUAGAUCUAUCAAUGAUAGUGAUAGUGCAAGACGUGUUCUGUCUUGUGCAAAGACCUGUAGACAUCAAGUUACUAUCAGUCACCCUCUAUCUGCCCGCAUGGCAAGUAGUACAUUAAGCCUCAAACAACUCUACCUAUUGUGUAGGCAAAGACACCAAAGACACCAAAGACACAUCUCUGAAUGUCUGUAAAGUUACCUUCCUACAGUAUUCCCAGCGCCCAGUUAGAGGGUCCUUGCUAACAUAACACCUUGCAAACCCAACAACACCACAAUCAAGCAAAUGCAACUGGAAUCUUCUUUUGAAUGACAGAAUACAUCAAAGAUAACCAAGUAUUUUUGAUUUGAUUGUUCAUUUUUCCCUGUUGAUUUUGGGAAGCUCUUUUUUGUCAUUUAUUGCUUUUUUAA